UCACCCGUACCCCCCUUUAGUAGCCCAUGAGCACCUGCACGUCCCGGCAGGUGUCGCUGAGGCGCAGCCGGCCCAGCGUGCAGCGCAGGCCGUUCUCGGUGGCCGUCUCGAUCAGGUGCUCUAGGAGGUCGUCCCCGGGCUGCAGCGGGUGGGUGGCGAGCAGGCCCGCCCCGACGUGGUGGAGCUCGCCGUUGGAGAAGUCGUAGUCGGCGGGCUGGCUGGGCACCUGCGCCCCGUUGGCAGCGGAGACCCGCAGGCCAAACAAGGCGCACCGCAACCCGAUGCAGUCCCGGGGGUGUGCGUAGAGGUACGACACCUUGCGGACGGCUUGGGCAAAGUGAGCGCUGCACACACGACACAUACACAGAGAGAGAUGCCGUGACAUGACGAUAGUGACAUUAUCUCCAUGUGUCUCCCUCCUCGUCAGUCUUACGGAUGGCGGCAGGCUUGGAUGACGGUCCGAAUCCAGGCCUUGUACGCCGCAUCCGCCCUGCUCCGGUCGAUCUUGUCCCGAGAUCGGAGCCGUCGCUGGGGCACUGUGAGGCCUCUCGUGUAGAGAUUGAUCCCCGCUCCCCGUAAGGCUGCCGCCUGCGCGUUGUUGAGGAGGAAGAGCGCUUUCGGCAAGGCAAAGCUUACGGGGAUGAGGAUGUCGGCGCCGUUCAUCAUGCGGAUCCACAGCCCGCCCGCCGCCCGUCGCCACAUGACCGCGCCCCUUGCGUUAAGCAUGGGCUGGUCGGGCAGGCGGGCCAGCAGCAGGCGGGCGAUGGGGACCGCUACGCAGCAGAACCACACGUAGAGCCGCACUCGUACUGAUGGACAAACAAACAGGGAACAGUCAUGCGAUCACUGGUUUUGACCGACAUGUGUGUGAGGAGUGAGGUGGUUGAGGUCUCCUUACACUCAGGGCAGGGCUGGGGCGU